AGCUGUACAUUUUCAUGUUCGCGGCGUUUUUUAAAGAUUGCUGCUAAUGUAAACAAAUUUCAAAAUGCGCCGCAGCCUAGCGCCCAGUCAACGGCAAGGCGUCAAUUUAAAGCCCAAUUUGAACUUUGUCUCACCGCUGAUAAAGAAGAACAAACGCGCCUGUCAACAGGAGCUGGAGAAGAGGCAAAGCGCACUGCGUGAUGCCACAAAUGACGACCUUGUAUCCGACUUGCCCCCUCUUCCAAUACGUUUUACUCCAGACAGUGAAUAUGAACGGGUUAUCGCUAAGAUUUUGGCGCGGAAAUUCAAAGUUCCUAUAGAUAAUUAUGUGGCCGACUAUGGCGGCAAUCGCUGUUUGGGCUUGCGGCGCACUAAAGUACGACGGGCCCUUCACGAUCCGGAAGCCUGCAAUGCGCUAGUACUUUACACACCGCCAGCGUACACGGAGCAAGAGCGUUUGAAGAUGGAACCGGACGAGGUGCUAGUCCACGUGGUUGUGGAUCCACUUUUGAGCAACAUCCUGCGCCCACAUCAGCGCGAGGGUGUACGCUUUAUGUACGAGUGCGUGGAGGGUAAGCGGGGUAAUUUCAAUGGCUGCAUAAUGGCCGACGAAAUGGGCUUAGGCAAGACUCUGCAGUGCGUCACACUGGUUUGGACUUUGUUGCGGCAAAGCGCACACUGUAAGCCAACCAUAUCGAAAGCAAUCAUUGUUUCUCCCUCAUCGCUGGUCAAAAACUGGGAGAAGGAGUUUACCAAGUGGUUACAAGGACGCUUGCUCUGCUUGGCUAUGGAGGGUGGCUCUAAGGAGGACACCACACGCACCCUAGAACAAUUUGCUUUAAACACAGCCACCCGCAUGGGCACACCUGUGCUGUUGAUCAGCUACGAAACGUUUCGCAUAUAUGCACAUAUACUCUGCAAAACGGAGGUGGGAAUGGUCAUUUGUGAUGAAGGGCAUCGGCUGAAGAACAGCGACAAUCUCACAUACCAGGCUCUAAUGGGUCUAAAGACCAAGAGGCGGGUCCUGCUCUCUGGUACGCCCAUACAGAACGAUUUGACGGAAUAUUUCAGUUUGGUGAACUUUGUGAAUCCCGAAAUGUUGGGUACGGCGGCUGAGUUCAAGCGAAACUUCGAAAACAUCAUUCUGCGCGGCCAGAAUGCCGACUCCACGGAUAACGAACGUGAGCGCGCUGUGCAAAAGACCCAGGAGCUGAUUGGCUUGGUCAAUCAGUGCAUCAUUCGGCGCACAAAUCAAAUUCUGACAAAAUAUUUGCCAGCUAAAUUUGAAAUGGUCAUUUGCGCCAAACUGACGAGCGUCCAAUUGGAGCUCUAUACAAAUUUCCUUAAAUCGGAUCAAGUGAGGCACAGUCUAGCGGACAGCAGCGAGAAAGGUUCGCUUACCGCCUUGGCUGAUAUAACCACGCUGAAAAAACUAUGCAAUCAUCCGGAUCUGAUAUAUGAGAAAAUCGAGGCACGCGAAAAAGGUUUUGAGAACUCCGGUAAUGUUUUGCCUGCCAAUUAUAAGCCUAGAGAAAUCAAUCCUGAACUAAGCGGCAAGUUUAUAUUGCUGGAUAUAAUGUUAGCCACCAUACGCGCAACAAGCGAUGACAAGGUAGUACUUAUUUCCAACUACACACAGACCUUGGAUCUCUUUGAGCAACUGGCGCGCAAGCGCAAGUAUACGUUUGUUCGUUUGGACGGCUCCAUGACCAUCAAGAAGCGCUCAAAGAUUGUUGAUCGGUUCAAUGAUCCCAACGAGGAUUGCUUUCUUUUCAUGCUCAGUUCUAAAGCAGGCGGCUGUGGUUUGAACUUAAUCGGCGCCAAUCGCUUGUUCAUGUUCGAUCCCGACUGGAAUCCGGCUAACGAUGAGCAGGCCAUGGCUCGGGUGUGGCGAGAUGGACAAAAGAAACCCUGUUACAUUUAUCGACUGGUUGCGACUGGCUCUAUCGAGGAAAAGAUUCUACAACGACAGACUCACAAGAAAUCCUUGUCGAGCACCAUUGUUGACAACAAUGAGUCCGAAGAAAAGCAUUUUACUCGCGAUGAUCUCAAGGACUUGUUUAAAUUUGAGUCCAAUGUGGUCUCCGAUACGCACGACAAACUCAAAUGUAAGCGUUGCGUUCAAAAUGUGCAAAUGACACCGCCCGACAACGAUACAGAUUGUACCUCACACCUGUCUCAAUGGUAUCAUUGCUCUAAUAACCGGGGCCUGCCCGAUACUAUAUUGGCACAAGCGUGGACGGCCAGCAAAUGUAUUUCAUUUGUAUUCCAUCAUCGCUCGCAAGGAGAAGCAAAAGUUGCAAAGAAGAUAAUAGAGGAGGAGGAUGCUAAGCAGGAAGAGCAAGCCAUUGGAUCACAGCACUCAUUUGAAAUAAUACAGGAGUCUAAAUUAAAUGGGAAGAACCUAGUGAUGUCCCAAACACAACAUGACACAAAAGAAACCACAAAAAGUCAGCAAAAGUCUAACACAACUGAAGCAAAAGAAAAUGCGAUGAAGUUAAAGGAGUCGCAGCAUAAAUCAAAGCAGGAUAAAAAGCAAGCGAAAAAGGAGAAAUCUAAAAAAUCUAUUCCCAAGCAGGCAGAGUCAACUAAGACACAACCCCAAAUAGAAAAGCCAACCAAUCCUAAGUCGGAAGAAAAGGGUAAAGCGAAAGAUCCACAUUUAAAACGAAAAGUGGCAGAGAAGUUGGAAGAACACUCUAAGCGGAAACGUGCAGAGUUAGACAGCGAUGAUGACUUUGAACAUUUCAAGGGUUUUCAUUGAGUAAACAUCAAUAAUUUCUUAAA